AUGGGUCUUUCAAUUACUUUACUAUCACGAUGGAAUGUUUUCUCCAAACUGGAUGAAGGUCAUAAUUUAUUAAUGAUCACCGACAGUUUGUUAGGGACAAUGGAUUAUCCGAAGUUCAUAUUUUUUCAUGAAAAAGCGACAUUAUAUAGAAUGGCAGCUGGUUUCGGAGAGAGUAUUAUUAAGAAUCAUCCAUUUUUAGAUGGGAAUAAGAGAGCUGGACAUUUGGCAAUUUCUACAUUUUUACUUCUUAAUGGUUAUGAUUUAAUAAAUGCGAAUAAAAAGUCCAGUAAUAUUAAUAUAGAUAUGUUAGAAUUUUGGAUUGCUAAAUAA